GAGGGGAAAAUGGAACUGAAUAAUUAAAAGAAAAAUAAACAGGGAAGAGAGAAUCUGGUGUGGUUUGAGCUGUGGCAUAGCUGUCCCUUGAUGAAUUAUUUUUGAGACGUUAUCUGCUCAUAAAAAAGAGGCAGUGAGUUCAAAAAUCCCUGGGACAAACCCUUUUCUGGCACCCUCUUCCUCUCUUCUGCCUCAUGUGAGAUGAAGAAGAAACAAGGACACUCCUUUAAUCUCAGACUCCUCCUCGUUGGCUUCUUUCUGGCCACAUGUGCCAAUGCCUCCCCUCUCACGCCAACUCAAUCGCGCCAUCUUCUGUACUACAGAGACGAGUUUGGAGACAGAGGGGAGAAUGUCACCGUAGACCCUUCCCUUGCUUUCGAAAAUGACCGUCUCAGAAACGCUUACAUAGCUCUGCAAGCUUGGAAGCUGGCCAUUUUAUCUGAUCCCCGCAACCAGACAACCGACUGGGUAGGAUCCGACGUUUGUAGCUACACCGGUGUAUACUGUGCACAAGCGCUCGACAACCCCUCCGUCCGUACAGUCGCCGGCAUUGAUCUCAACCAUCAGGACAUUGCCGGCUAUUUACCGGAGGAGCUCGGUUUGCUCGUAGAUCUUGCACUCUUCCACAUCAACUCCAACAGAUUCUGCGGCACUGUGCCCCACACGUUCCGGAAGUUGGUACUCCUCUACGAGCUGGAUCUCAGUAACAACCGCUUUGCGGGGAGGUUCCCCGAGGUGGUUCUGCGCCUUCCUUCGCUCAAGUUCUUGGAUCUUAGGUUCAACGAAUUCGAAGGAGCUGUGCCCCGGGAAUUGUUCGACAAAGAUCUCGACGCCAUUUUCAUCAACGACAACCGUUUCGUCUUUGACCUUCCAGACAACUUCGGCAACUCCCCCGUCUCCGUCAUCGUCCUCGCCAACAACAGAUUCCACGGCUGCAUUCCCCACAGCCUCGGCAACAUGUCCAACCUCAACGAGAUCAUUCUCAUGAACAACGCAUUCCGAUCCUGCUUGCCCUCCGAGAUAGGCUUGUUGAAGAAUCUCACGGUGUUCGACGUCAGCUUUAACCAACUUCUCGGCCCCUUACCAAGCGCCGUUGGAAAUGCCGUCAGCUUGGAGCAGCUCAACGUGGCCCACAACUUACUCUCCGGUCAAAUUCCUCCCAGUAUAUGUAUGUUGCCUCACCUUCUCAACUUCACUUACUCCUUUAACUUCUUCACCGGCGAGCCUCCUGCCUGUCUCGCCUUGCCGGCGUUUGACGAUAGGAUCAACUGCUUGCCGGCGAGGCCCGUUCAGAGGCCUCCGGCGCAAUGUCAGGCUUUCUUGUCUAAGCCUGUGGACUGUAACUCCUUUAACUGCAAGCCAUUUGUUCCUUCACCACUUUCCCCCACAACACCUGCAACUCCUUCACCACCAUCUCCUGGGACACCUUCGCCUCCAUCACCUGGGACACCUUCACCAGUAACUCCUUCGCCUCCAUCACCAGGGACACCUUCACCACCAUCUUCUGGGACACCACCUGUAACUCCUUCGCCUCCAUCACCUGGGACACCUUCACCAGGAACUCCUUCGCCUCCAUCACCUGGGACACCUUCACCAGGAACUCCUUCGCCUCCAUCACCUGGGACACCUUUACCUGUAACUCCUUCGCCACCAUCUCCUGGGUCACCCUCACCCGUAACUCCUUCGCCUCCAUCACCUGGGACACCUUCACCCGUAAAUCCUUCGCCGUUACCUUCACCUACAACACCUUCGCCUCCUUCACCUGCCGCACCUUCCCCAUUACCUUCACCUACGACACCUUCACCACUACCUACACCUCCUUCGGAACCACCGGUGGUGGGACAUUCCCCUCCACCCCGGCCAGUGGCACCUUCUCCACUACCACCAAUUCACACUCCUCCUUCACCGGUGUAUUUGCCACCACCACAUUCUUCCCCUGCUCCACCUGGCUACUCUUCACAACCUCCUCCACCUUCGCAAUUGCCGCCUCCAUCAUACACUCCGCCUUCUCCAGUGACACCUUUUCCUACUCCAACGCCACCCAAUGGUGUCCACUCUCCACCGCCACCGGCUCCUACAUUCUCGACACCACCACCUUCACAUAAUUAUGGCUCAUCGCCACCUCCUACACCUCAUCACUCACCAUCGCCUCAUCCUUACCCUUAUUUAUCACCCCCACCACCUCCUUAUCCUGUUCGUGUCCCACCUCCACCACCACCUUGUACAGAACUUCUUCCACCCCCUCCGCAAUCAACACCUUCUCCCACACCUUACCUCCCACCACCAUCUCCAUCUCACCCACCUUAUCACCCGCCACCAUCCCCUUCUCCCUCUCCAACUCCACCGGUUCAAUACAGUUCGCCUCCCCCGCCGCCUCCUCCACCGGCAGUUUCUCCACCGCCACCUGUUGUAUACCAAAACCCACCACCUGCCCCUGUAUAUGAAGGGCCAUUGCCACCCAUAGUGGGACUCCCAUACGCAUCGCCUCCGCCUCCACCCUUUUAUUGAUUCUUUUGAGGACUUUUUCCCUCGUCGGGCAACAAGAGUCACGCUUUUUUUUAUUAUUGCGGCCGUUUCUUCUGUGUUGAUACCCUCGAAUGUCAUGCGACUCUCGUCGCUUAUGAAGGAAACUUCGCACGAGACAACCACAAGAUCUAGCGAAACAGCUUUUUGUUCUUUAUAUCAUCGACAAUAGAAACAGAGAAGAGGUUGCAGCAAAACGGGGUUUAUAAGAGGAGAAAUUAAUUCUCUUUCCUUAUUGACUUGAAUUAUUAUGAAUAUUGCAGUCGAGAAAUAAGAAUGGCAGAAAAAGAGUAGGUCGCAGAGCAAAUGUAUGUAUAGGGAUGAAUGGGAGAGCAUAAGUUAUGGCUGCAAAGGCAGUUGCAUUGCAGUUGCACUUUGUGCUGCGCUGAUGGUUACUAGUGUAUCGUUAUUGUCUCUAUUAUAUCACACUACUUUUAUUUAUUUAUUUAUAAAUUUUGUUUCUUUUGCUUGC